UCGCUCCCUUGCUGCCUUAGUUGAGUUCCCAGCUCUGGCUGAGGAGAAAUGAGACGUCAGCUCUAGGAAAAUUGCUGUGAAGAAUGGAGCUUGACGCCGAAAGCUGCUUCUAGCAGCCCUGGCUGAAAAACCCAUAGCCGUCUCCCAACUCACCGCCCCUUCCUGCCUCCAGACCUGAGCCGUCAUCAGGUCCUCUCACGUCCCAGCAGACAGGGUCUAAAGAGGCGGCACUCAAUAGCCCCUGUAUCUACAGUACUUUCUUGCUUCUGUCCACAGUCUGGAACCCACCCACCAGUGAAGAUGUGAAGCUCACCUUCUUCCCAAGAACCUCCGAAGCAGAUUCCUGCCUUAUCAGCCUUCCUCAUACCCAGUUCAUGGGUACACAGUCAAUUGGAUGCACUUAUCCUGACCUUUGUGUGAGGAGGGAGGGAGAGGGGAGGAUUGAUUGUGGCAGCAGCCACAGCAGUGGUGGCGGCAGCAGCAGCGGCGGCUGAUUUUUAAGGACAGCUGAGACAGCAGUACCAGCGAUGCUUUGAGUUUGGAUGCCUGGCACUGUAGCAGGGGCCCAGCAGACAAGCAAUGAAGCUGCUCGGGACUGAGAUGGAGCUGAUGCCUCCCAGGCUCCUACCUGGCCUCCAAGCAGGCCCUCCAGCUUUAGGUCUCUCCCAGGGCCAGGCUUGGACUUCACCUGAGGAAGCCCCAGAGCUGGUGGUUCUCCAAGAUCACCUCUUCAGUGGCACCCCCGUGAAGCCUUCUCUGUCUUCUGGGGCUUCACAGCCCCAGGAAAACUGACCACUCUGUUGAAUGCCCCCACCCCCAGGAAGCCAGCCCUCAUCCCUCAUCCCAACAGUGCCUUCUAAACCCUCCGGGUUCUGCACCUGUGCAACCAUCAGCUGAGACGGCUGAGCUCUAUUCUGCACCUGUCACUCUGCUUCCCAGGGACCCUCAUCAGCUAGCCAGAGGUCUCCCAGCCGGCUUCUUUCCUGCAUGCGCUGAGUGGCCUGUUUUCUUCCAUGACCACAGAAUUGUGCAACCAUCUCCAUUACAUCAUUCCAGAACUUUCUCCAUAUCCAUACCGCACCCAUGAAGACAGCCCGUUGAUCAUCUGGAUUCAUUCCCAUUCCCUUCUGAACUCACUCCUCUGCAUCAUGUUUCCAGAUCCACCUGGCCUGGAAUGCGCCCAUCAACAAACUCCCACAAUAUCUGGCUGGCUUCUUUCACCUCGCAUGUUUUUGAAAUCCAUCCUGUCAAUCACAGAUGCCAUCUUAGUACUUAAUUUCUUCUCAUGGCUGCCCUGUAUUUUACUGUUUAGGUAUCCCAUCCUUUGCUCAACUGUCCAUUGAUGUGGGAGUGUCAUAUAUCAAUCUGUUGAUUUCAUUGGUUAAUUAAAUAAAGAAACUGCUUGCCCUGAUAGGUUAAAACAUAGGUGGGAGGAGUAAACAGGAGGAAGAGGAAGUGAGGUAAGACUCCUCAGAAAGACGCGAGAUAGCUCUGCUCUCAGAGACACAUGCGAUGAAGCUUCCGACUCAGGAUGGACAUAGGCUAGAAUCUUCCCGGUAAGCGCACCUUGGGGUGCUUACACACAUUAUUAGAAAUGGGCUAGUCCAGGUGCGAGAGUUAGCCGAGAAGAGGCUAGAUAUAAUGGGCAAGCAGUGUUUAAAAGAAUACAAUUUGUGUGUUGUUAUUUCGGGCAUGAGCUAGCAGGCGGCCGGGGUGCUGGGGACACAGCCCUGCCGCUUCUUAUUUCAACAGUCCAUUGCUCACGAGCAUUUGUUCACCUGCAUCUUUGGGUCAUUGUUCCUAGGGGCCGUAGUCUUCCGCUGACCGCCCUUUCCAGUAUGAUUAUCCCCACUUCAUAGAUGAGGAGCUGAGGCCACUACAGAAGGAAUGUGGUCCCUUCCUCUGUGAAGGUCAGUCGUGUCUCAGCUUGUCAGCGAUUGAGUGACUUUGGAGAAGAGGAGAAAGAAGCUGCUCCUCUAUGAGGCAGAGCAGCCAAGAAGCCCCGCACUCCAGGCAGGCCUGUUAACAGCCAUGCACGCUCAGAGGAGAGGCAGGGGCCUCACUGAAGCCAGCACCUAGUGGUCCAAGGGAGACCAGGACCCUCUGAAGCCAUGAGCCCCUCCCAUCCUGCUUUCCAGUCCCGGAUAUAUCUUUCUCUCUGGGGUCUCCUUCUGAUGCCAGCAGUGUUGGCCCAGCGAGGCUCACGCACCCAGGCUGAGGACCGCCUGUUCAAACACCUGUUUGGAGGCUACAAUCGUUGGGCGCGGCCAGUACCCAAUACCUCUGAUGUGGUCAUCGUGCGCUUUGGACUUUCCAUUGCCCAGCUCAUAGAUGUGGAUGAGAAGAAUCAAAUGAUGACCACCAAUGUCUGGCUAAAGCAGGAGUGGAGCGACUACAAGCUGCGCUGGGACCCAGCUGAGUUUGGCAACGUCACCUCCCUCCGGGUCCCUUCAGAGAUGAUUUGGAUCCCAGACAUCGUCCUCUACAACAAUGCAGACGGGGAGUUUGCGGUGACCCACAUGACCAAGGCCCAAAUCGUCUUCACGGGCACCGUGCACUGGGUGCCCCCCGCCAUCUACAAGAGCUCCUGCAGCAUCGACGUGACCUUCUUCCCCUUCGACCAGCAGAACUGCAAGAUGAAGUUUGGCUCCUGGACGUAUGAUAAGGCCAAGAUUGAUCUGGAGCAGAUGGAGCAGACGGUGGACCUGAAGGGGUACUGGGAGAGCGGCGAGUGGGCCAUUAUCAACGCCACGGGAACCUAUAACAGCAAGAAGUACGACUGCUGCGCCGAGAUCUACCCCGACGUCACCUACUACUUCGUGAUCCGCCGGCUGCCCCUGUUUUACACCAUCAACCUCAUCAUCCCGUGCCUGCUCAUCUCCUGCCUCACCGUGCUGGUCUUCUACCUGCCCUCCGAGUGCGGGGAGAAAAUCACCCUGUGCAUCUCGGUGCUGCUCUCGCUCACCGUCUUCCUGCUGCUCAUCACGGAGAUCAUCCCGUCCACGUCGCUGGUCAUCCCGCUCAUCGGCGAAUACCUGCUCUUCACCAUGAUCUUCGUCACCCUCUCCAUCGUCAUCACGGUCUUCGUGCUCAAUGUACACCACCGUUCCCCCAGCACCCACAACAUGCCCCGCUGGGUGAGGGGGGCCCUGCUAGGCCGGGUGCCCCAGUGGCUGAUGAUGAAUCGACCCCUGCCACCUAUGGAGUUCCACGACUCUCCCGGUCUGAAGCUCAACCCUGCUUAUCACUGGCUAGAGACCAACAUGGAUGCCGAAGGAAGGGAGGAGACAGGGGAAGAGGAGGAAGAUGAAAAUAUUUGUACGUGUGCAGGCUUCCCAGACGCUUCCAUGGGUAUCUUCUAUGGCCUUGGCAGCCUGCAUCUGAGGGCCCUGGAGCCUGAGUUCAAGGCUCCCUCUCAGGAUAGCGAGAUCGUGCUGUCCCCGCAGAUACAGAAAGCACUAGAAGGUGUACACUACAUUGCUGACCAUCUGAGGGCUGAGGAUGUCGACUCUUCGGUAAAGGAAGAUUGGAAUUACGUGGCCAUGGUGAUAGACCGGAUAUUCCUCUGGCUGUUCAUUAUUGUCUGCUUCCUGGGGACCAUCGGGCUCUUCCUCCCUCCAUUCUUGGCUGGGAUGAUUUGAUCUCAAGUCCCUCAUGUUGGCUCCAAGAUGACUUCUGGCCUUCUCUAACUGAAGCCAUCUCUAGAAUGUUCUUUUGGGUCAAUACCAUCUGUCUGCAGAGUUUCUCUGAGGCCCCCAAACUAGUCUAGUCUUUACACCCUCUUUGGAACAGCUCACAAUGAUAUUGUUGUGCCAAGUGCUGAGACCCCUCUACAUGACACCUGCUUAGGGAUGCUGGGGACCCAGAAAUGGUGAAGACAUUUGCUCUGCAGAAGCUGACAAUGUGGUGGUGACAUGAGGAAGAAUAAGAUAUUCCUGAAAGAGGAGUAGGAGCCAUAUAUGACCAAAGGAUCAAACAAAGGGACGGAGGGGUCAGACCAGGGCAAAGGGAAUUAGAACACCGCCCCAAGGAUGGGCACAUGGGGACAAAGGGCCUGGUGCAGGAGAGCUCUGAACAGCACUUUGGAUUCAGAGUGUCAGGUCGGACAAGCAGGGUGGGGAGUCUGGGAAGGCAGGGUGGGUAUCUUUAAUCCAGACCUAGGAAGAAGUUUGGGGUCUUCUCUGAACCCGUCUCUGUGUGCUUUGUGAGGCAAAUAUCAACAGGACAAGACUAUUUCCAGAAGGAGUGAGGCACAGAAGUCCCCAACCUAAGGGUCUUGACCCCUUUUGCAUAUUAGAUAUCCUACAUAGCAGGUAUUUGUAUUAUGAUUCCUCACAGUAGCAAAAUUAUAGUUAUGAAGUAGCAAUGACAUGAUUUUAUGAUGGGGGGGUCACCACAACAUAAGGAGUUAACUGUAUUAAGGGUCACAGCACCGGGAAGGUUGAGAACCACUGGUCUAGAGGUCCUGGUGGAGGCUUGCAGCAAAGGAAUGGCAUGUGGCUGGCUGGAAGUGGCUGGGCUCUGAUUCAUUUGAAAGCACCUUUGAACCCCAGGUUGCCCUCAGCAUCAUGUCUCAUGAUUCUGUGCCACAAAGAGGACUAGUAAUUGCUGCCAGGGAUCAGGGCUACCUUCAACUCAUUAGUGGGCACACUAAGAAGUCAAUCUCUACUGGGGGUACCCCUCUUGUCACCCAAAGGCCCUGGUCUCCAAUUCCCUGCUCUGUCAGCAUGACUUGCAUAGAAACUGAAGGUUUGCUUCAAGCUCUUUAGAUUACAUACUCCUUUCGGGCAGAACCUCUGCUUUUGUUUUCUCUCCAACCACGCUGGGUGACGGAACUCAGCACCUGGACCAUUCGUUCUGAGCAGUGGAAAGAAACGAGCCUGGUUGCUCUGGGCCCCAGAACCACUGGAUAACAUCCAAUGUUCAAGGUCGUUUCUUCCCCCAAGCAACCGUUCCUCAGUCCCAUCAGGUGGCUAGCCUGCUCUGAAUUGUUCUGCACAGUGUAUUCUUGCACUUGGAAUAUCACAAGGCCCUCCACUGCACAGGAGCCCAGGGGAUCGGGCCUCUCACAACACUGUCCAGUCCCUGAGGAGUCAGACCUCAGAAGGUCACAGCAAUGACAUCCCUGAUUGCUAAUAGAUAUAGAGACCAAGGCAGGAAGCAGAGUAGGGCAAGCUUCUGGUGUGUCUGUCUCAGGGUGUUCUCCUUCUGAACCCCACACACUGUGCAUUGAUAGACCCAAGGGAAACCUGCUCACCAAAGGCCUCACUGGGACGCUCCGCUAUCAGUUCCCAUGAGCCCCUAAUCAGUCAUUAAUUCAGUUCUUGGCUCUUCCUUCCUCCAGUGAAGGCAGCCUGUGGCCUCCCCUCCACCUGUUCUAAGCCCUCGGAUGUGAUUUCCUCAUGGGGAUGCUUUGUUGCAUGCAUGCUCCCAUCCUCCUUGCACGCGAGUGAAAUGCUGAAAUAAAGCUGAGACGGUUGCUCUCAAAGCCGUCAUGCCUUCCUGCCACCUCAGCUGUCACUGGCAUCAUCUAGUCCCCUCAGAGUCUAGGUGGUUUGGGGACAGUCUCAGGGGAGAAGUGUCCCACAGAGGGAACUACAUGGUGUCUUCCUGGAAAGCUUCCUUUUGGAUGAGGUGCCACGACAGCCUACGUGGAGCAAAGGGCAGGAGGCCACCUCCCACUUCUCAUGGGCUGU